AUGACAACGGAUAUGAAGCUGGAUUCUGUACCCCCGUCACUAAUUAGUUUUUUGUCAAGGCAGAUCAUAGGCAGUGGUUUUGAGCUCUAUAAAAAGGCUGUUGCAUCCGCGACUAAAGGUGAUGAGGAUUUUGGCAAGGCCUUAAAGGACACAUUGUAUGUUCAAAUACGUGAAGACAAGUGCCAUGGAAAAUCUGAAACCGAAAGUUUACCAGCUGAUGCAACAGUUACACCCAAGCCGUCUCUUAGUGAUCAUCUGGUCAUUCAAUGUAAGCAGGAAGAUACGUCCGUUUCAAGUCAGGCUUCUCAAAAAAAGAUUGAGGAGGAAGAGAUUGAACAGCAUAUAAAAUCUGAAGAGGUUGGAAAUGGGAUUGAACUUAUUGACCAAUCUUCGUCCCGUUUAACAGCGAAAAAGAUUAGCAAAGAGAAGAAGGUGGUUAUCAGUCCAGAGGUUGAACAUGCUCUUGGCAUAUUAAACAAUGUCAUUUCAAUGGUCAGGGGAAGUGGAAUUAACAGCCAGAUUUGGUCUGGAUUAGGCUCUACCAAUCAAGAAUAG